AUGGAAGAAGAAACUUGGAACCUUGCAAAGCUUGAAGAAUCGGCCCAGCGAUUCUGGUCGAAAUUCGUUGAGGAGAAACCUGAUCUCCAGGAAUUUGCAAUCGCACAAAGGAAUUGCUUUCCCCAGAGUUUCAUGGAUAAUUUCAUCGAUCGGCUAUCCAAAUCUCGCUGGACGCCAAAUCUGAAGUCUCAAUACCAGGAAAGUGAAGCAGCCCAAGUUAUGUCACUUGCUGCAUGGUCUAGAUGCAAAGGCCACAAGAGGUGGUGGUUUUCAUGGUUGGUGGAACAACAUACGAGGAAUCACGCUCCGUUUCUCUACAGAAUGCCACCAACGCCGGGAUUCAUGAGCCUUGAUCGAUUUCUCAAGGACUUGAAGAAGCACAAACGGUAG